GGCCAAUGGAUGACGCGGGCCGCGAGCGCAAGGGAGGGGGCCCGGCCCGAGGUCCCGGCCGCACCACCCUCCGCAGCCGCCGCUGUUUCUGCCGCCUCCGCUGUGGCAGCCGCCGCCCGUCCUCGCCGCCUUAGCCCGGACACCAUGCCACAAGAAGAGUGACUUCUUCUUUCAUUUUCACAAUGGAGGACUCUGGGAAGACUUUCAGCUCUGAGGAAGAAGCAGCUAACUAUUGGAAAGAUCUGGCUAUGACCUACAAACAAAGGGCAGAGAACACACAAGAGGAGCUCCGAGAAUUCCAGGAGGGAAGCCGAGAAUAUGAAGCUGAAUUGGAGACACAGCUACAACAAAUUGAAACCAGGAACAGGGACCUCCUGUCAGAAAAUAACCGCCUUCGCAUGGAGCUAGAAACCAUCAAGGAGAAGUUUGAGACGCAGCAUUCUGAAGGCUACCGGCAGAUCUCCGCCUUAGAGGAUGACCUAGCCCAGACAAAGGCAAUUAAAGAUCAGCUGCAGAAAUAUAUCCGAGAGCUGGAGCAAGCAAAUGAUGACCUGGAGAGAGCGAAACGGGCCACGAUCAUGUCUCUGGAAGACUUUGAGCAGCGCUUGAAUCAAGCCAUUGAGAGAAAUGCCUUCUUGGAGAGCGAGCUUGAUGAGAAGGAGAAUCUCCUAGAAUCUGUUCAGCGACUGAAGGAUGAAGCCAGAGAUUUGCGGCAGGAAUUGGCCGUGCAGCAAAAGCAAGAGAAACCCAGGACUCCCAUGCCCAGCUCGGUGGCAGCUGAAAGGACAGACAUAGCCGUGCAGGCCACUGGCUCAGUGCCAUCCACUCCUGUGGCACAUCGGGGACCCAGCUCUAGCUUCACACCGGGGACGUUCAGACGUGGCCUAGAUGACUCCACAGGUGGGACCCCCCUCACGCCUGCGGCCCGAAUAUCAGCCCUCAACAUCGUGGGAGACCUGCUGCGGAAAGUGGGGGCACUGGAGUCCAAACUCGCAUCCUGCCGGAACUUCGUGUAUGAGCAGUCCCCAAACCGGACAGGUGGCCCCACCUCAGGGCGGGCCAGCAAGAGCAGAGAUGGUGGUGACAGACGGCCAAGCAGCACCAGCGUGCCUCUGGGCGAUAAAGGGUCGGGAAAACGCCUGGAGUUUGGGAAGCCGCCUUCAAACCUGUCCUCACCGUCGUUGCCGUCAGCCCAGGGUGUAGUCAAGCUGUUGCUUUAGGAAAUCCACAGAAGCAAAGCCACUCGUGUCUGUGCGGGAGUUGUUACCUUUCAUCCCCUCUUCACACUAGGUUUUUUUUGUUUUUGUUUUUUUUUUUAAGGUAGUUUGAGAAAUAUGGGCAAGCAGUCACACUAGCCAAUGACUGAGGCCAUUGCCCGUGGCCCUGGUGGUUGACCCUGUGGAAUGCAGUCUCAGUCCCAGCCUCCAUGUUGGUGUGUUGCAGAUGGACAGGGACAAACUGGACCUGCUGGAAGGGGUUCUGAGUGUGAGUGCUGAGGCUUCCCCAUCAUUGUGAGCUGACCCAAGUCCUGAUUGGUCCUGAGUGUUUUUAACGUCCGGAGGGAGACGCCUUACAAGGGGAUCUGACCCCCUCGGGCUCCCCGGUCCCAUUCACCUGGAGCUGUCUUCGAGAACAAAGUCUCUCAAUACUGCAUGGACAGCAAGGAUCGGUACACUGAGAUCACCUCUAAGAGCAGAGAGUAGACUAGGCACGUGCUGACUAAAACUGUAGUGUACCUCCCACACUUCUUAAGCUGGCUCAUUGACGCUUUUAGAGGUGUGCCUAAGUUUCAGGGUAUAUUUUGCGUGGACCAGGUCAGUGGAAAACCUUUCCUGUUUACAUGUGUGUUGACCGUUACUUGUCCUGUGCCCCACCCCUGGCAUGGGGGUGACCUCGCUUCAGGACCCGCAAAGUCAUGCGGGUGGAGCGGCCUUGGAAAUAGAGCCUUUAAGAAUGGAAUUUCAUUGAUGGCCAUAAUGAAAUAAUCAGGGUAACCUUCAAAUAAGGUUAAACCACCAGGAUUGUUGUUGACGACGCUUCUUGUCAAAGAAGAAACGCACACAGCAUUUUCAACGUGGACGGGGCACAUGCUUAUCUCUGCUUGCUGGGAAUGGCUGUCUCACGCUCUCCAUCACAGAAAAAGAAGACAUGAAUUCAGGAGCAUGUGUGUAGUUCAAGAACCUUCCUUUUGUAACUAAGUUAUUUUUCCAAAAGAACAGCAAAACUAUCCUUGCUUUGAAAAUAGAACUUUUCAAGUGCUACUGAAAUUCAACAGGGAAUUAAACUUCAGUGCCUGGUUCAUUAUCCUAAAAACAUUUAACCUGUAAUGGGAAAAGAUGUACUUUUAUUUUUUUAAAAGAACAAUAAAAUCAAGAGAAACUAAUUUUCAA